CACGGACACAGUUGAGUGUGACACCCAACACAAAAAAGUUAGAUCCGCUGAGAAAACAAACUCCUGCUGCCUGUGUGAGGAGGCACGAGAGAAGAAGAAGGAGAGUCUGAGGAAACAUGUCUGAGCUGAGCGACGAGGCCAGUGAGUCCGAGCAGCUGGGGGUCAGCCUCUCCCUGUGGCUGGGAGAGUCCCUGGUGCGACCCGAGGAGCUGGACGUGCCCCUGGACCUCCACACCGCCUGCUCCAUCGGCCAGUACGACGUGGUGGCAGAGGGCAUCAAGAAACGUGAGGUGAAUCUGGACGGCAAGAACAUUGGAGGAUGGACGCCGCUCAUGUAUGCAGCGUACAUCGGACACGACAACAUCGCGAAUCUCCUGCUGGAGGCUGGAGUGAACGUCAACGCCACCACGGCCAAAGGUCUAACCCCACUGAUGCUGGCAGCCAGCUGUGGCAAUGAAAGCAUCGCCUACUUCCUGCUUCAGCACGGUGCUCAGUUGGAGCUGAGGGACUCUCUGGGCUGGACGGCUCUGUUACACUGCACGAGCACCGGCCACCAGCAGAUGGUCAAGUUCCUGCUGGACAACAAUGCUGACGCCAAUGUCAAGGAGCCAGGGUCUGGUUUCACUCCCCUGAUGGAGGCUGCUGCUUCUGGACAUGAAAUCAUACUCCAGUACCUGCUUGAUCACAAAGUGAAAGUAGAUGACCGCAACGCUAAGGGAGAGACUGCCCGUGCCCUAGCAAUGAUGUACGGCUACACCAAGAUCGUCAGCCUCAUUGACUCACGUUCUCCCAGAAGCAAACCAGGACACUUUGAAGACCUGAGCUCCUCUGAAGACUCAGACAGUGCACCCCCGAGGAUAAGGCCCAGUCGAAACCGAGCCAAAGGCAUUAGCAUCCACGACGGGCCCCAGGCCAUCGCCAAGUUUCGAGUAGGAGGCCCCAGCAAACAAUGUGAGCCCCCUGCUGUGCCGCCAGGCUACGUGACCUUCCGUGACAUUGGUGAACAGACUGAGGGCCUCUGCUACCGGGACGUUACCUCGCCUAUCAAUGAGCUGGACGGCCAGAGCAACAGCAGCAGAGAUGAUAGUCCAUUCUUUGACAAUGACAUGCCCACCAUGAGGAGCAGCAGUAGCAGCAGCGAAGGCCUGCCUCAUGUGACCGGCCUCAAGUGGGAAGGCUCUGUGGAAAGCAACGAGGAUUCCGACCAGUGCAAAAAGAGCAGCUCGCGUCGGGUUAAUAAGGGUUACCACUCAAAAGGCAAGAGACAUGGAAUCAGCGAGGCAGCCCACUCCAGUGCUGCAGGGAACUGUGGGAUCCGCCCGCAUGUUGUUCCUCCACCUUCCUACUCCGGCCCAAAGGAUCUGGCUGAAUUUUUGGAGCAAAUCGGCUUCUCAAAGUAUCUCCCGUUACUUGUGGAGCAAGACAUUGAUCUGCGGAUAUUUCUCACCCUGACUGAAAAUGAUCUCAAAGAAAUAGGAAUCACAUUGUUUGGACCCAAGCGUAAGAUGACCUCGGGUAUUGCAAGGUGGCACAGCAGCGCUCGACCCCCCAGUGAUGCUCUGGAACAGGCUUACGCCGACCAACUUGAGGCUGAGAUGCAAGAGAUGGCAAUUCAACUACACAAGCACUGCGAGGAGGCGGAGAGUCUGCAGAGCCAGGUGUCUCAGGAGAAGGAGCUGCGCACUGUGAUGGAGGGAUGCCUGAUGGAGGACAAGAUGGCCUGGAGGAGGGUUCAUACUGAGCUGGUGGAGAACCACCGGCUGACUCAGGACAUGAGCGCCACACUAGCGAAGGCUAGGACCUGCUGUGCUGAACUGCUCUCUUGCUUUACCACUGAUGGCAAUGGCAGCGCUUAUACUGGUGUGGAAGAUAAAGCAAAGGAUGAUGUCAGGGUUAAAGCCGCGGACGGCCUGACAUGCUCCAGUGUUGUUGAGCUAAUCAAGAAGCUGGAUUCCUAUGAAGAUCAGCUGGAAGGGACCCUGAAAACCGUGCAGCAGAGCCUGAGGCGACUGAGUGCCCCUGAAAAAGUGUCCGACAGCUGGGAGCGGCCUUAACAUGUCCAGGGAUUUCUGACAUUAUUCGACGGAGGGUGAUCGCACCACCACCCUGUACAGGCGCACUGCAAUGGGAGAAGGCCAAAGAUGAGGACAGCCCCCCCGACCCCCCCACCCCCAUGGGCUUGACACAGCAGACCUGCCGCCGUCUGUUUAAGGCUGAUAGACCCGAGCACACCAGACGUGGACAAGGCCACGGUUAACUGCAGCUGCUGCAGGCUAAUGACAAGCAGGCAGGACGGGUACCUGACCCCCCCCCCCCCACACGCUUGUGCUGGUGAAUACUGGACUCCGCUAGUUGCGUUGUGAAAAUGCACGGAGGAGGAGGAGGAGGAGGAACUGAUCAAGGAUCAGUGGCUGAAAUACUGUGAAACACUUCUCUCUCCUGAAUAUGAAAUGUGGUUUGAAUAUGCCACCAGGGGAAGAGGUACAUUUCUUAAAAGUAGAGAAGUCAGUUCAGUUCGAAUAAGUUCUGCAGUGAAACUUCGUGAUUGGAAUGAAAUCUUCUCAUUUGUAUGCCGUUUGAAUAUAAUGUCCUGCUGAAUGCAUUUCAAGGAGCUGGAAAUAAAGACGUUAAAGUUA